AUGUCUGAAGAAUCUGUCGGAGAUGCUACUGAUAUGGAGCCCGCUAACGUUGGUAUGCCCGGCGGUUGCAACCUUGCCGAAGAAGGUGACGCAUCGCAGCUGGAGUCUUUCUACGAAGCACCUGCUACGCGGAUGCUUGGGAUUAUGUACCACCUGUGCAAGAAGCUCAUUGUGUUCCCGACUCGUGAAGUGUGCCAGAGCUGGCUAACAGAAAAAGAGAACUUCCCUAAACUUCUUGCGAUCAUCGACUGCACAGAAGUUUCUGUUGCCAGGCCCCUUGACCUUGAUACUCAGCAAGUUGUAUGGAGCAACUACAAACAAGACUCUACAUUGAAGUACCUAGUGGCCGUAAAUCCUCAUGGUGCUGUGCUGUUUAUUUCAGCAACGUUUGGAGGCAGAGUUUUUGACAAAGAAUUGACACUGUCAUCAGAAUUCAUGGACUACCUGGAAAGCGGUGACCAAGUUCUUGCCGACCGAGGAUUUCUUCUUUUUGAGGAAUUUUACGCGAGAAACAUUCAACUGAUUACACCAAGCUUUACGAAGAACAAAGUGCAGCUUCCAGGCCAGGAAGUCACAUCAUCAAGAAGAAUUUCUUCAAGUCGGAUAAUUGUGGAAAGAGCCAUUGGGCACCUCAAGAAGUGGCGCAUCAUGACCGGCACAGUGCACCAUCUCUUGGUGGACGUGUAUGACGAAAUAACAACUGUAGUUGCUGGGUUGACAAACCUCUGCCCACCACUGUCAAAAAGAGCACAAGCCUGA